GUACCCGUGGUAGUAGUCCAAUAUUACAGUUAGCCCACAAAUAUUGUUCCUCGUUCGCCUCCAGGCCACUUUGCCUUGUUCCUUCACUCUCACCAUUUUCGCACCAACACAAGUUUGCGCAACUCAAUAGCUGCUCAUACGUAAAGGAACUGGGUUCAGGGAGAAUUGAGGUAGAGUCAUACGAUGCAUAAGGAUAAGAUUUUCAAGCUCGCCAAGGGCUUCAGGGGAAGGGCCAAGAACUGCAUAAGGAUAGCCAGAGAGAGGGUGGAGAAGGCCUUGCAGUAUUCCUACAGAGAUCGCCGCACCAAGAAGAGGGACAUGCGCGCCCUGUGGAUCCAACGUAUCAAUGCUGGCACCCGCAUUCAUGGUGUUAAUUAUGGGAAUUUCAUGCAUGGAUUGAUGAAGGAGAAUAUUCAGCUAAACAGGAAAGUUUUAUCAGAGCUUUCUAUGCACGAACCACACACUUUCAAGGCCCUUGUAGAUGUCUCUCACAGCGCAUUCCCUGGGAACAAGGCCGUACUUCCUCCCAAAAAGGAAGGCCUCCAAAUUCUUGUGUAAUUGGCCAUUUAUAUGGAUCAUCUUUGCUUGGUCCCUUGGAACUUGUAUGAAAGAAAAAACAUUUUUGGUUUUUUCGUUGCCCUUUACAUUAUGAUUCUUACUCGUUAAUGCAGAUUUUAAGAACGUCAUCUUUAUUUUC